UGCUACUCUGCCUCUUCCGUUCGUCACGCAGUCAUUGGUUGCACUCUUUCGUUCGUUCCAAAUCGGAUCCCCAUACGUCCCUACAUUCUUGGUCCUCGCCUAUAUCUGGCUUCUAAGAUGCGUGAUUAUGAGCCAGCAGCAGUUUCAGUUCAACAACAAGGAAGACUACAACACCAUCCUCGACGCGAUGAGCAAGGACUUCAAUGAGCGCUGGAACAAGCAGACGAAGUCCCCCUACACCAAUCUGGAGAACUACGUGCAGCGAGCGGUCCUCGGGAAUGGCAGCUUCGGCACUGUGCUCCUUGUCAGAGAGAAGGGGGGCAAGAACUACUAUGCCGCCAAGAUGAUGAGCAAGGAGGAUCUGGUGCGGCUGAAGCAGGUCAAUCAUGUUCACAACGAGAAGACGGUCUUGAGCGCCACCCGAUUCCCCUUCCUCAUCCACCUGAUUGACUCCUCCAAGGACUUUGACUACCUCUAUCUCAUCCUGCCCUUCGUCAACGGCGGCGAGCUCUUCUCCUACCACCGCAAAAUGCGGAAGUUCAGCGAGAAGCAGUCCCGAUUCUAUGCCUCCCAGGUGGUGCUGGCCCUCGAGUACAUGCACUACAUGAAUCUCAUGUACCGCGACCUGAAGCCCGAGAAUAUCCUCCUGGACGUGAACGGAUACAUCAAGCUCACGGACUUUGGCUUCACGAAGCGCGUGGAGGGACGCACCACCACCCUGUGCGGCACUCCCGAGUACCUGGCCCCGGAGAUCAUUCAGCUGAAGCCGUACAACAAGUCCGUGGACUGGUGGGCCUUCGGCAUCCUGCUCUUUGAGUUCGUGUCCGGCCGCUCGCCGUUCGCCUCCCACAACCGGGACGUCAUUCUGAUGUACUCGAAGAUCUGCCUCGGGGAGUUCCGCAUUCCCAAUUACUUUAGCGCCCACCUGAAGACACUUGUGGAGGCACUCAUGCAGGUGGACACGUCCAAGCGGUGUUCUUUCAGCCUAGGCAACUCCCCGGACGGGCCCGCGGACAUCAAGACCCACCCGUGGUUCCAGGGCGUCGACUGGUUCGCGGUGCUGAACCAGCAGGUUACGCCGCCCUAUAUUCCGACCGUUACCAACAUCGAGGACCUCUCGCACUUCGACCACUUCGAGAGCAAGGCCAAGCUCAAGUCUAGGAUCAAUCGGCAUCCGGAGUUGUUUAUGGAUUUCUAGGAUCUGUUGUGGAUGUUCCUUUUUUGUCAGUUAGUUUAUAGUGUCUGAGAUUUAUCGAAUAUAAAUAAGUUCCGAUCCGGA